AUGAAAUUUGCUGAAUCAUUAAGUGAAGGAUUAGUACCUGAAUGGCAAGAUCAAUAUGUUGAUUAUAAACAGGGGAAAAAGUUAAUUAAAUCAUUAUUAGCUUAUCGUGAACAAGAAAAUGCUAUUAGAAGACCAUCUGAAGGGAAUCUAGAUACUACUCCAUUGUUAGAAGCACAAACUGAAUCAGAAAAUAAUACAGGACAACCACAUACACAAUAUGUAACCGAUGAAAUCCCCCCUCUGAUAAGUAGGGGUGAUUCUAGUCAAAGUUCAAGAUGGCUGCAAUUACCUAGAGCAAGACGUCCGUCGAUUUUUACUUCUAUGAGAUCAUUCAGUCUUAAACGAGAUGAUAAAGAGAAUGAUAGCGAUGAGGAUGCAAUGGAAGGAACAGAAGAGGAUAAAUUUAAUAAAUGGUUAGAUCAAGAAGUAAAGAAAGUCAAUAAAUUCUUUAUUGAAAAAGAACAAGAUAUUUAUGAACGAUUUUUAUUACUUCAAGAUCAAUUGUAUCAAUUAAGAGAUCAUAAGUUACAUAUUAUAAAAGAGAAACUGUUACCCCUGUUAGCAUCCAGUCCAACUUCUGAUCAUCCAAAAAAUGUAUUAUUAUCUGAAAGAGUAGCAAAUAUACAAACCAGAUUUGCAUUAGCUGGAAUAGGUCAAUUUGAAUUCCCAAGUCUACCUUCAAUGACAUUCUGGCAUAAAUUAACCCAAAAGAAUAAACAAAAAUCAAAUUCAAGUAUUGCAUUACAUAGACAAAAAGAACCAACCGAUAUUAAUUAUCUUGAAAAUAGAAUUAGAAAUGGAGUAAUAGAUCUCUCUCCAUACUCCGGAGCUGAAGACCAGUUGUCUUCAGCAACAGAAUCAGAAGAAGAUUUAGGUAUACCUUCCCGAUCUCCACCGCCACAAACCGAAGAACAAUUAAGAACGACACAAAGACGUGAUUAUACAGUGAAAAAACAUCAUUUCGGAGUUCCAUACCUCCAUGCCCGUCGACAAUUGAAAGAUGCCUUAUUAGAACAUUAUCGAGCAUUAGCAUUAUUAAGAGCAUACAAAACCUUGAACCGUACAGCUUUCCGAAAAAUCACCAAAAAAUUCGAUAAAGCCAUGAAAAAUACCAAUGUAAUGACACAAUUCUUAAACAAAAUAGAUAAUGAAGAAUAUUUCCUAACCAGUGAUUUAGUUGAUAAAUUGAUUUCUCAUGUUGAAGAAUUAUAUCUUGCAUUUUUUGAUCCUAGUUCAACUGAUCGAAAACAUUCACUUGAAAAAUUAAAAAGUAUUGCCUAUGCUUUAAAUGCUUCAGAAAUGAGACCAAAACAAUAUUAUACUGAGUUUUUCUUUAGUGGAUGGUUUAUUGGAUUCGGAAUCCCAUUGUUUACAUUUGCAUUAUAUAUUGCCCUUUCUAAAACCAUAAACGGGUUAUUACCAGAAGGGAGAUAUUUAUUACAAAUAUGGGCCGGGUUUUUCUUAUUAAAUCUUGCAUUUCUAUUAUUUGGAAUCAAUAUGAUCAUAUUCGAUAGAUGUAAAAUCAAUUAUAAAUUCAUUUUUGAAUUUGAUAUGGCUACUGUUUUGAAUUAUAGACAAUAUUGGGUAUUGCCAAGUUUUGGAUUCAUGUUAUUAAGUCUUAUUGGUUGGUUUAGUUUUAAUAACUUCUGGCCUAAUCAAUUCGAUGGCCGUGAUUGGCCAUGGAUAUAUCUUGCUACAAUGGUUAUAAUAUUCAUCUGGCCCGGAAAACAAUUUUAUCAUCAUAGUCGAAAAUGGUUACAAAUCGCCCUUUGGAGAAUUUUAUUCUCGGGGUUUUAUCCAGUUGAAUUCCGGGAUUUCUUUUUGGGUGAUAUAAUAUGUUCAUUAACUUAUACCAUGGGUAAUUUAUCAUUUUAUUUUUGUUUAUAUUCGCAUCAUUGGAAUGGAAGUUUAUCGGAUAACCUUGGCAUGCAUAAUGUUUGUGGAAGUUCGAAAUCUAGAUUAAUGGGAUUUUUCAGUACUUUACCAAGUAUUUGGCGGUUCUUGCAAUGUCUUCGAAGAUAUAUGGAUACUGGAGAUUGGUUUCCUCAUUUAGCUAAUAUGGCGAAAUAUUGUUUAAGUGCCACGUAUUAUAUCACUUUGAGUAUAUAUCGUAUUGAUCGGAUCCGAGAAAAUAAAUGGGUGUUUAUAUGUUUUGCGAUGAUGAAUUCGAUUUAUUGUUCAAUUUGGGAUAUAUUAAUGGAUUGGUCAUUAAUGCAACCACAUCUGAAGAAUUAUUUAUUAAGAGAUCAUUUAUUUUAUAAAAAACCAGGAUUUUAUUAUACGGCCAUGAUUGUGGAUGUUAUUUUAAGAUUUCAAUGGGUUUUUUAUGCAUUUUUCAAUAAUCAAAUUCAACAAUCUCAAGUUACAAGUUUUGGAAUUGCAUUUGCAGAAAUUAUAAGAAGAUUUAUUUGGAUUUUUUUUAGAAUGGAAAAUGAACAUUGUACAAAUGUAACUUUAUUCCGAGCAUCAAAGGAUACUCCAUUACCUUAUGCGAUAAGUUAUAAAGUUGAAAAAGCAAUUAAACAAUUAGUUGAAUUGAAAUAUAGAAAAUAUGCCGAUUCUACACUUUUUGAAGAUACUCAAGUAGAUUAUGAACCUGUCACAGGCACUGUCCCUGAACAAGAAUAUCAAUAUGAAGAGCCAGAAACCAUUCCAUACAGACCAACCCAUGCCACAGGAAGACAACAUCAUUUGGAUGAAGAACAAUCAAUCGAUUCAAGUCUUGCCGAAUUACCUAGAUUACAAAGGAGAAAAUCAGCAUUCCAGGCACUUAGUGAACAUAUCCCUCAUGCUCAUAUUAAAGAUUUCCAAAGAAGAAGAACAUAUGUUGGAGUGGAUGAAGAUAGUGAUGAAGAUGAAUAUGACGAUGAUAGUUUACAUCCACAUCCAAGUAAUCGGAGGAAUCCCAGUGAUGGAGAAUUGUCUAUGGUACUGGAGUAG